AUGACAACAACAACAAUAACGAUGGCGAAGCUAUUAAAGCCUGUAGUAUCGUUAUUAAGUAUUGCUACAUAAGUGGCACCUUUCCUCUUUGUUUAUUUGCAAUCAUGGUUUAUUUAGGUUUUAGUUAUUUUAUGGUUUGCGCGAUUGAAACAAAGCAUUGAAUUUGGUAAUUUAGCCUACGUUUGAUUGAACAUUUCCAUUUGUAUUGUCCUUGUAUGCAAGUAAAACAACGAUGGAGGACGCCAAGAUCGGAGCUGCACUUUUGUUACUCUGUGGAUACUUGGUUGGUUUUAUGAUGUUAUCACUGGAGUUUGAUAGACGACGUGAAAACCUGAGACAAUCGACCGAAAGAGCAAGGGAGAGGAGAGCGAAGAGGCGAAAACUGCUGCGAAAGUUUGGAAUGUUUCAUUUCACGAUGGCCCAAAGAGAAAUGCAUCGCUUCAGGAUUAGGAGAAAGAUAUUGUUGCGUCUGUGUGCACUACGUUCCUCACCAUCUGUUUGGGUUUACAAAAGAGAAGAUGACUGGUGGAAAACCGUCGUUCCCAGUUUUACCGACCACCAGUGGAAGGAACAUUUCCGGAUGUCUAAAGAAACGUUUCAGUACAUCUGUCGUCGUGUGCAGCCUGCGAUGGAGAAGAUGGACACGAGGUAUCGUCUGUCUGUGCCACUCCAAAAAAGAGUUGCUGUUGCUCUGUGGAAGCUAGCCACAAACGCCGAGUACAGGACUGUUGCCCAUCUUUUUGGAGUUGGCAUUGCAACUGCCUGUGACUGCGUGAGAGACUUCUGCUCCUCUGUGUUAGAGAUUCUAAUGCCCGAAGUUAUUCAGGUACCUACUGCAGAGGAGAUGAACGAAAUGACUCUGUGCUUCGAGCAAAGGUGGGGGCUACCACAAUGUGUUGGCUCAAUUGGUAGCUCACAUAUCCCCAUUUUGGCUCCACUGGAGUUUCACAAGGAAUAUAUCAAUUGUAAGGGAUGGGGCUCCAUUUUAUUGCAGACAGUAGUUGAUGGGAAUGGGCUCUUUUGGAAUGUCUUUGUUGGACUACCUGGCAGCUUGCCCAGUACCAGAGUACUACAUUUGUCCCCAUUGUGGAAACUGGCCGAAAGGGACAUGCUGUUUCCUCAACAACAAAGGUGCAUUGGUGGGCAAGCCAUAGGCCACUACAUUCUUGGAGAUGCAGACUAUCCACUAAGAAGUUGGCUCAUGACGCCUUUUACUGACGACGGCCAUCUGACUGAAGGGCAACGUGUGUACAACUAUACGACCAGCAAGGCAAGGGUGGUUGUUGAAAAUGCCUUUGACAGACUGAAGGGAAGAUGGAGAUGUUUGCUGGAACGCAAUGACUGCAGCCUUGAGAGAGUGAAGUCCAUGGUGCUCACCAGCUGUGUGCUCCAUAACCUCUGUGAGAGCAAUGGUGAAGAGUACAGGGAGGAAUGGGGUAAAUCAGUCCCAUUUGCCCAGCCGGAUGAGCCGCUGGCACCUGGUGCAGAGACUGAAGGAAUGGGAGUACGUGCAGCCUUAGUGCAUUAUCUGACCACUGUUGACAACUAAAUUGACACAACACACAAAUCUUUAUUAUUGUUCAUUUCUUAAUAAAUAUUUGAUUUUAGUUUGUCUCUUAUAUCUUUCAUACAGAGCCCCUCAGAGGACAAGAAUAAAGUUCUGUUUUUGGUUUCUUUGCAAAAAAUAAAAUAACC